ACACCACAAAAUAUAUAUAAAGCCCCUGUUGUGAGAGGGAAAAGCCUCGGUUUCUUAAUUCGACAACAGGGUAAAGUCUUCCGAACCCAUAUACACUUCAAAAAACCCCAAUCUUGACACCUCUCAAGAAACAAACUUUCGUUUUCACAUAACCAAACAGACCCUCAUAACAAAAAUAGUGCAGGUUCGCUGAUCAUUCUAACAGCAAAGAAUGGAGGAUGAGUACUGGCGGAAAUAUGUCCCUUCUGCUGACACUGCAGCCAUUCCUAGUUAUCUACCAUCUGAUACAUCAAUAUUAUCAUCCCAUUCUUUGUGGCCCUCUCGUAAUCACGUGAGAAGCUCGUCUGAUCUUCUACCAAAUGAUAUAUUGGCUUCACGGCCUGGAUCAUAUGGAGUAGAUGAUAUAAUUGGUGUUGGUGUUCGUCCUGAACCUGGUUUUAGUAGAUACAUGGCUGGAACAAGUAAAAAUAGUUAUUUGUCCGCGUCGGAAGAUCCAUAUCUAGCUGGAAGAAGAGAUGUUUUACGUGACAAUGGUCCUGGAAUUUCUGACAUAGUAAAUGAAAGGCCCAACUCCUUAAGGAAACCUAAUGGUCUCACGGCUGGAAGUCGGAAAUCCAAUGUCUUGUUUGUGGAUGCACUUCCCUCUGACUGUACUCGAAGAGAAGUAUCUCAUUUGUUUCGUCCUUUCCCUGGCUUUAAAGAAAUUAAACUUGUGCACAAGGAGCCACGCAAUGGUGCUGAUAAAGCCAUAGUUUUGUGCUUUGUUGAAUUUUUAGAUUCCAAUCAUGCUUCAACUGCUUUGGAGGCCCUUCAAGAUUACAAGUUUGACCACAAGAAACCCGAUUCACCAGCCUUGCGGAUACACUUUGCUCAUUUUCCGUUUCAACUUCCGCAUGAUAGAGAGGAGCAAGGUUAUGCUCGUUAUCCAUUUCAACCACCAUCAGAUAGAGAGGAGCAAGGUCUUACUCGUUUUCCACCGUCAGAUAGAGAGGAGCAAGGUCUUACUCGUUUUCCAUUACAGCCACUCCCUGAUAGAGAGGAGCAAAGUCGUGCCCAUUUUCCUUCUCAACGAUCGCCUGAUAGAGAGGAGCAUGCUCUUGCUAUUACAAGGGAGAGAGAGCUAGCUAAUCAUGAUGAGGAACCGAUGUCGGGGAAGAGGAAGUUCCAAGGAUCUCCUAGAUCCUCUAAAAAAGGGAAGGUAUCUGAGAGUUCCUUAAAGAAGUGUGUCAAAUGCAAGAAAAAGCACCCGGGUGAGUGCUUUGCUGAUCGAGAUGCAUGCUAUAAUUGCGGGAAGACCGGCCAUUUGAUGCGAGAUUGCAAAAAAAAGCGUACAUGCUAUGGUUGUGGUGGUUCAGAUCACAUUGUUGCAGAUUGCCCUAACCCUAACAUGAAGAGAAGAAGCAAAGGCGGCUUAGCUUCGGUGAAGAACGAGGGCCCUCCAAAGGCAUAGGGUCAUGUUUUAUGAUAACUAACCGUGAGGCCAUGCUACCAUGUGUAGUGGUAUAUAAGGAUGAUGGAGUUGAGGAAGCACAUCGUACAAAUCGUGGAUAGGAACAACAAUAGCAGUGAAGAUUUAUAGCCUAGUGUUAAGAUCCUUCUGUUUGUUUUUAGUUUCGUUAGCAGAAUUUAGAUGCAUUUUGCUUCAAAUUUCUCCAUCUUUUUCCAUCCUUGUUUUUUUUUUCUUAUUCAUUUUUUUGAUAUGGUUUCAUUUUGUUAAUGUUCAAGUAUUGUGACUGAACUUAUAAAUAUUCAUCCCAUUUUUCAUUUUUA